AUGAACAAAUAUUUUAAUAGUAAUAGUGGAACCUGUGAAACAUCUACUUCGACAUCGGAUGCUAGAAAUGAAUCAAUAAAUGAUAUAGAUGAAAAUAUUUCUAAGACUCAUGUAAAAUAUAAUAAUGAAACAUCUACUUCGACAUCGGAUGCUAGAAAUGAAUCAAUAAAUGAUAUAGAUGAAAAUAUUUCUAAGACUCAUGUAAAAUAUAAUAAUGAAACAUCUACUUCGACAUCGGAUGCUAGAAAUGAAUCAAUAAAUGAUAUAGAUGAAAAUAUUUCUAAGACUCAUGUAAAAUAUAAUAAUGAAACAUUUACUUCGACAUCGGAUGCUAGAAAUGAAUCAAUAAAUGAUAUAGAUGAAAAUAUUUCUAAGACUCCUGUAAAACAUAAUAAUGAAGAAACGUUGACCUCUCCUACUUUAACAUAUUUUCCUUGUGAUGAUAAUAAUAUUGAUAUUGACAUAAAUAGUAGUAAUAGUGCACUUGCGAACAAAACAGUUGAGAUAAGCGAUAAACCGGUCACCGAUGUUUCCAAAUCCGUUGCAUUUAUUUCUCAACCUGAUUUAUUCGACCCAAAUUUAUGGCCAGAUAACAGACAGAAUAACUUUAUAGACAUAGUUAUUAAGAUGGGACCACGUGAAAUAAAUGAUGAAAUUUUUCCCAAAGAUGAAAAUAAUCGUCAUUUUUCUAAAAUAUACAAAAUAAGAAAAUUAGACAACAAUGAAAAAGUUAAAAGACGAUGGCUUGUAUAUUCUAAAAGCAUUGAUCGGGUGUUUUGUUUUUGUUGCAAACUUUUUAAUAGUUCUCAUAGUACACUAUCCACAAUAGGCAAUAAUGACUGGAAACAUAUGACAACAACACUUAAUUCGCAUGAAAAAUCACCUGAGCAUUUUACUGCAUACAAAAAGUGGCACGAAUGUGAAUUAAGAUUUAAACUUGGUAGAUGUAUUGAUAAUGACCUGCAACGAGUAAUGAAUACAGAAGUUCAACAUUGGAAAAGUAUUUUAGAAAGGUUAAUAUCUAUAACUUUAUACUUGUCCAAACACAAUCAAGCUUUCCGAGGAUCGUCUGAUAAACUAUUUGAAAGAAAUAAUGGAAACUAUUUAGGGUUAGUAGAACUUUUAGGAAAAUAUGACAAUUAUAUGAAAGAACAUUUAAAUCGAAUAACUACACAAAAACUCAAUAUAACUUAUUGCAGUAAGGAUAUUCAAAAUGAACUUAUAAAUCUAAUGGCCUCCAAAAUUGUACUCCUGAUGUCAGCCAUUCUGAAAAAAAUGUCAUUUACUAUAAGAUUUGUGGACGAAAAUAAUGGCAAUUUACAAGUAGCUGAGCAUUUUAUUGGUUUUAGAGAAGUUAGUGAAUCUACUGGAGAAAGCCUUACUGAGUUAUUGCUUAAGACGCUAAGAGAAAACAAGCUUGAUAUAAUGAACUGUCGUGGUCAGGGUUACGACAAUGGCGCGAAUAUGAAAGGUCAUAAAAAAGGAGUUCAAGCAAGAAUUUUAGCUUUAAACCCUAAAGCGGCAUUUAUGCCCUGUGAUUGUCACUCUCUUAAUCUCGUUAUAUCUGAUGAAACUUCGCAAUCCAAAGAAUCGAUCACACUUUUUGAAAUUGUACAACGGAUAUUUGUAUUAUUUUCGGCUUCUGUUUACCGUUGGCAAGUACUAAAAUUACACUUACCUAACUUGACGGUUAAGCCAUUGUGUACAACCCGUUGGGAGAGUCGCAUAGACGGUGUGAAAGCAAUUCGAUAUCAAACUAAAGAAGUAUAUGAUGCAUUAAUUGAAGUGGCGGAAUCAUCUAAGGCAGAUGCUGGUACAAGAAAUGAAGCCAGCAGUUUAGGAAAUCAAUUACUUGACUUCAAGUAUCGAGAAACAAGGUACGCAGAUGCGUCAAACUCUUCAAAAGAAAUAGCAGAGUCAUUAGGUAUAGACCCAAUCAUAAAAGAAGUACGAGUACGACGUAAGAAAACUUUUUUUGAUGAAAACAACGAUCAAGAUUUUUCGAUUGGCGCCGAAGAACGUUUUAAAAGAGAAUUUUUCUACACUCUUGUAGACACAGUCAGAGAAUCUAUCAAAGAAAGAUUUACUCAAUUUGAAAACCAUAAGCAAUUAUGGGGGUUUCUGUACAAUUUAGAAAAAUUACCAUCUUCUGAACAUCUUUUGGCAUGCUGUAAAGAUCUGCAUGGAGCACUCUCGGAAGGAGAUAGUGCUGAUAUAAAUUCCGUAGAGCUUUACAGUGAACUUAAACAUCUAAGCUCACUUUUACCAAUUGGCGAAGGAUCACCUAAAUCAGCCCUCCAGUUUAUACACGAUAUGAAAUUAGUUGAUGUAUUCCCUUACACAUGGAUAUCUCUAAGAAUAUUACUGACGAUUCCAGUUACUGUAGCGUCCGGUGAACGAAGUUUUUCUAAACUUAAAUUAAUAAAAACUUAUUUGCGCUCCUCGAUGACAGAUGAUAGACUUUCUUCUUUAGCAAUUUUGUCAAUUGAAAAUGAUUUAGCCGAAAAAGUAAAUUAUGAAGAAGCAAUCAAACAGUUUUCUGAAUUAAAAGCUAGAAAAGAUUGUUUGGCCCUUAAAAAUAUUUCCUUGUAA